UAUUCAACAGAUUCUAAUUAGCGAAAUUAUGUUGUUUUAUAACGCGUUACUGUUAUGUUCCCUGGGCUUUGUGGGGACAAUAUCAGGUCUUCCAAUUACGAGUACAAAUGAAGGAAGAUAUCUUGAAAGUUUUAUGAGACUCGGAGUUGACAAAGUAGGUAUUAUACCUGACUACACUGUACAAAGUACAAUGCAAACUGGAAGUGUCAGAACCGCACCGGAGCCAGUAUUUUUCGUUGAAGCAAGGAAUCAGUUCGGUGGGAGCCUGGGAAAUGAAAAACCACCAAGAAAACUGAAUCAAAAUGAGCAAUAUCAACCACGAGUUGAUGUUGCUCCUAUUUACGGAUUGAAAUCUGUCCCAGCGGGUUUGAGUGCGCUUACCGAUGAUCAAAAGGACUCUAUAGCUACGGAAUUUUUGCUAAAAUAUAAAUAUGUGAAAAAAGAAACACCAACAAAAAGCGACAUGAUCGCAAAAAUGCAAGAAAAUUAUGGAAUGGAAAAAACAGGCAAUCUGGACGAAGAAACCGUUAUUGAGAUGUUAAGGCCAAGAUGUGGAGUGAAUGAUGGCCCUUCAGAAUACAACACGUAUCCUGGUAGAUUGAGGUGGCUAGACAAGAAUGUCACAUAUAAAAUCAAAGGUUACACACCGGACAUGAGUCAAUGCCAGCAGAGAAACACAUUCAAACGUGCAUUCAGAGUAUGGGAGGAAGUGACUGACCUAACGUUUGAAAUGUCCGACUCUGAUGACGCAGAUAUCAUCAUCUACUUUGGAUAUAGAGAACAUGGCGACGGAUAUCCUUUUGAUGCCGAAAAUGGCUUGUUAGCACAUGCUUUCACACCAGGUCGUAGUCCUUUAUCUGGUGACAGCCAUUUUGAUGAAAGUGAAUUCUGGACGUUGGGUAAAGGAAGAGUUUUUGACACGUACGACGGUACUUCUGGUGGCGAUGCCUGCGUCUUCCCGUUUUAUUUUAAAAAUAAAUCAUACAGAUCCUGCACGUCUGUUGGUAGAGACGAUGGAUUGGAAUGGUGUGCAACAACUUCUGAUUAUGAUAAAGAUGAGAAAUGGGCUUUCUGUCCGCAUGAGAAACUUUUUACAUACGGAGGCAACAGUGACAAUAAACCUUGCGUGUUUCCUUUCGUUUUUCUGGGAAAGACGUAUGAUAGUUGCACGUAUGAUGGAAGAGAUGAUGGAUAUAGCUGGUGUGCUACUACAUCUAAUUACGACAAAGACGAGAAAUAUGGAUUCUGUCCAAGCAGAGCUCAUGGAACUAAAGGAGGCAAUUCUGGCGGUGAUGCUUGUCAUUUCCCAUUUAAAUUCGAGGGAUACGUAUAUUCUUCUUGUACUACAAGUGGUAGAAGCGAUUACAAACUAUGGUGUGCAACUACUGAUGAUUACGACAGGGACGAAAAGUGGGGAUUUUGUAACGGAAACGGAUACAGUUUAUUUUUAGUAGCCGCUCACGAAUUUGGGCAUGCCAUUGGAUUGGAUCACUCUAAAGUGCGAGGGGCACUCAUGUACGCGAGUUACGCAUAUUACGAAGAUUUCAAAUUACCUGACGAUGACACUAGGGGCGCUCGAGAUUUGUAUGGUGGUCCAAGAACAAAAUAUUUACCUCCCCUUGAAUUAGAGAAAUGUGGCGGUACUUUGAAGGGUAGUACAACAGGACCAACUGCUACUCCAACAACCCUACCCUCCACAUCAAUAAGAACUAGGAUAACUUCACCAACAAGAAGAACAACUACGGCCGGAAUACCAGAUCGAUGUGACGAAAGUAACGAGCCGACAAAUAUUGGCGACAGGAAGAUUGAUGCCGUCAUGCUGUUUCAAGACGAAACUUUCAUAUUCCAGGGACCUUUCGUUUGGAGAGUAAAAGGAUCGAGAAAAUGUAAGAGUAAAAGAUUAGAAAAAGUUCAGAGCCACUGGCCUGUUAUCAAAUGCGGAGUCGAUGCUGCGUAUCAAAGACCUUGGGACAACAAGCUGAUAUUUUUCAAAGGUAGCCAAUAUUUUGUUUACAACGGAGCAAAGAUCGAACCCGGUUAUCCCAGAGAAGUGACUGAACUUGGACUACCGGCAAGAACAGUAGUUGAUGACGUAGUUUAUAUGCACGCUAAGAAUCCGAAUACCAAAAAAACUGAAGAAAGAACAUAUUAUUUUGUGGGAGACAAAGCAUAUCGAGUUAAUAUUCAAGAUGGAACCGUUUUGAAAGAAUUCCCUCCAACUACACUUGGUGAAGGAGAAUGGAAUAAAAUUCCAAGGGAUGUCGAUGCAGUGUUCAGAGAGUCACUAUAUAAACCAUACACAGUUUUUGUGAAAGGCGACACAUAUUAUAGAUACGAAAACAAGAAGGAAAAGCUUGAUUUUUCACGACCUUCAAAUACAAUGUUCCGAUGUCCAACGCAAUCUCGCUAAUAUGAUUUCACGUCCGAAAUGCUUCAAAAUAUUGCGUGUAUUUAGCGUGUUGAAAUAUACAUUUUUCAAUGUAACCUAACUUUAAUAUAACCAGAUAGUGUGUGAAAAUUCUACUUUCUAUAUAUCAUGAAGAUGCAUAUUACGUUCACUUCUUAUUUGUAUUUAACGCUAUUUUUUUUCUUUGGACUCGCUUUAUUUUUAUUGCACUUGUUUUUAUUUACGGUGUCAUGUCACAAAAAAUCCCAGUUGCAGGGUCGAAUUAAGUUUCAGCCAUCCUCCGAAUACAGGUCAUUGGCGAAUCCGACAAGUAACAAUGAAAUGACAAAUAUUUCAGCUUCAACUGCGACUUCAUUUCUCUGCUUUUGCAGUAAUAUUUCAGUGCUGGCAAACUUUGAACCUUGUAUUGAUUCUGAAAGUCUAAAACCACAAUUUAGGAAAACUAUAAAUUAUCAUAAUGCGCCAUAAUUUAAUUUAUUUUUGCACUUUUCCAAAUGUAAUAACUGUACUGCUUUUUUGAUUGUUGAUAUUUCCAUUUGUAUAGGAGAAAGAACCUAUUUAAUUCUCAUUAUUGAAAAAUAAACAGAAUUCACGAAGA